UAAAUAUAUAAUAUGGAAGACAGGGUUUGACAAGAGAGGAUACAGAAGUUUAUAUCAAUUCCUCAACGUAAUUUACUCUAUGACCGGGAGAGAUUCAUGGUUUCCCUGAGGAAGAAGCGAUUCCUUGAGAGGUCUAAUAAGAAGAGGUUUCAUAAUGAAAUUCCCCGCACAAAAUCAGCAGAUUCUAUCUACCAGGCUGAAGAAGAGAUCAAGAGCAUCAGAGAAUUGCUCCAAGAGGAUUUUGACAGGAAUAGCUAUAAGAUGAGGGAGCAAAUUGAUAAUAUUAAGAGUAACAUGAAGUCCUACAGCGCCUUAAUGACAAACCAGGGUGACCAACAAUCCCUUGCUGAACUUCAUUUCGAAACUUCCAGAGCGAUUCACAUUGUGGAGUGCUUGAUCUGAGAUCCUAAACUAUUAGAAGGGAUGAAAGAACAGUCAUCUUCUAUUGUACAAAAUAUGAUAGAGUGGAUUUUGAUGCUGAUCAAUUUGUUAGAAAUGACAAAGGAACAAAUCUCAACUUUGAGUGAAUAUUUAUCCAAAAUCUUGUGGCUUAUUGCGUGAUUACUGGAGUAUGUCUUCAGAAUUCCUCAGGAAGAUCAGAGUAAAUUCAAGACUUUCAAUAUCACUGAUAUACGGUCAAGCAAUCUUUUGUAUAAAUUAGGCUUAAUUUUGGAAGUUAUAUGGCUCGAAAAGGAAGAAGAUAGCUCUCAAAAUGAUAAAACAAGCCCAUUUAAUACUAAACAGAGGGCCAAAUUUGAAAUUCUGAGUGAAAUUGUGAUACUCAGUGGGAACAUAAUUUCUGAUAACCCUCAAGAUGUUCUUGAAAUAAUAGACACAGGAAUUUUGAUGACCAUUUACAAAUGAAUAGCUCUAACCGAGCAAGAUUCUAAUAUUAUCGAGUGCUACAUUUGGCUAUUGAAGCUAAUCGUCCUGACCUUGACACGAGAUGAUAUCAAUCAGGAGACCAAGGCUAAGAUUCUUCUCAGGAUCGAGCCCCAAGUUGAGACUAUACAUGAGCUAUUAUUCUACGAUGAUCCUAAAAUCAGGAUUGACACAUGCCGCUGUUUCGAAGUAAUCCAUGAAUGCGAGUUCUAUCGAGAAACACUCUUUGAAGAUAUCCUAAAUGAUAGAUGUAUUAAUCGACUCUACGAUCUCCUUACAGAUAUAGUAGAAAGGGACUGGUAUGCAGACCGUGAGAAGUGAGAUGAAGUCCGCAGUUAUCUCAGUAUCCUUGGUCUUUACACUAGCUUUUCUAAAGAUCUUGAGGAAUUUACGUAUAAAUUUCAGCCUAUUUUUGGGAAAUUGAGUAGCUUCACAUGUGAGGAAACUUGUAUGUACAUUCUCAUGAUCCUGAGCCACAUCCUUUAUGAAUGAGAAGACGAAACAUGAACAGAUCUUGCUCUUUCAUUCUUAGAAAAGAACUCAGCCCAAAUCAAGGGAGCAGCACUUAAAGUUCUUUCAAUAAUCCUAUCCUGAAGAGGUACUAAAUCAUUCUGAGAACUUGUGAUUAAGUUUGAUAUUAUCGAGAGGCUUAAAAUCAGCCUCAAUCCAAAAGAGCCUUGAGGAAACAUCGCAGCAGCUCUAGACAUCCUCAUCAUGAUAUAUGACAGAGUUGAGGAAUGCAUUCAUGAAUUUGGCUUAAAUUAUUCAGAAAGCGAGAACAUAGAUCCAAAUAUUCAACAAGAUUGCCAAGGAUACGUUCAAGAAAUAAAUGAUUGAUUCAACUCUGCUGGAGUCUGAGAUCUCCUUGAAAAUCUGCUAGACUCUCCUGAGGAAUACAUCCGUGAUAAAUCUGAUGAACUUCAUAAUCUACUCAAAGAUGAUGAAACAAAUACUUAUGACCACUUCAAGGUCCAAGAUGAAGUGGAAGAUUUAUGUUUUUACUAA